UUUUCUUUGAAUGCUUGAAGCCCACAAUAUGUUGGAAAAAUGUGAAAAAAUUUCAAACGAUUUGAUGGCAUUUUAAAUUAUCAACUAAACUGAAGCAAAAUUAAGGUCGGUUGACUGAAGCAUAACUUAAAUAAACAAUAACAAAACUAUGAACUUAAAUAAGAUUUUUCCUAUUAUAUUUUGGGUGUUAACUCUACCUACAGUUUGCAAACUUAAUAAAGUUGCAAUAUGCGAAGGAUCUUCAUAUGUAAUAAAAUGUCCGCAAAUGUCAAUGAUACAUGUUCAAAAUGCUUUAUAUAGUUGUUUUGAUAAUGGUCAAUGUCUAACCAGUCAAACUGCAAGUUUUAAUUCAUGUAUCUCAAAUAAUGUCACAGAUUAUAUUCAGAAAUUGUGCAAUAGAAAUAACAGUUGUGUUAUUGAAUCAAAUGAUAAUGUAUUUGGUUUUUAUUCUUGUUUAACCACUUGGAAGUACACUAUUGUUGACUAUAUAUGUUAUUUAGACAGUUCAAUAUUUGUUGGUGAAAUAAAUAAAUACACCAAUACAACAUUAGAAAAAUUUUAUGAUGAGUUUGUUAUAUCAUUUCUAUUAUUAUCAACUGGUCUAGUACCUCACCUUUAA